GGAAAAAUAAGAUAGUUCGAUAUCAAUCAAAGAAUUGAUUAUUUAAACGCAUGUUUAGACAGUUAGGAAACUUCCUCCGAUAAUGACAUAAAGAUCAAUCGGUAGUCGCUCAUACAUCACAAGACGUUUUGGAUCCAGUGUGCGGAGAACUUUUUGAAUGAAAUAUGAAUUUCUUUUUUACAACAGAAAUAAUUCUGUUUUUUACGGUUUUUGUUUUUCGAAUUCGAACUUCAAUGGGAAUAUCUAUUCAUCAAUACAAACGCUUGGAAUAUAUGAACGACAAAAUAAUUUCGGGACAAAACUCAUUAUUCACCAGAAAAGGUUCUUUAAUUAAGUGCGUCAAAGAUUGUGCAUUAAUUCCAAACUGUGUAUCAGUGUUUUAUUCAAAGUUGGUUUGCAAAGGAUAUCCCGUUGUUUAUCAGCCAUCCUCUCCAAAUCUUAUCUCGAUGCAAGGGAUUCGCUACUACGCCUGUGUUGAAAUCUAUUCUGGAUUUAGCAUGACAAGCAGUACGGACAUUUUUGUACAGAACUCAACUACGCAAAUCAGCACUAUUAAUUCUAAUCAGGAAAGUAUUACAACGGAUGUCACAACGAAAGAAAGCUCAGCUGAAACAACUUCUAAAACAACUACAAACAUUUCCGUACAGGACUCAACUACGCAAAUCAGCACUGAUGAUUCUAGUCAGAACACUGUCAUUACGGAUGUCACAACAAAGGAAAGCUCACCUGAAACUACUUCGCAGCUCCCAAUUAGUACGGUAGAUACAUCGAGUCCAUUGUAUUCUACAACCCUAAUGACAACGACAAGUCUUCAGUCGUCAUGCAGUAUAGCUGGUGCACUUGGCUACAGCUGGGACAGUAUCUACAGCAUCUGCUACAAAUUUAAUGCCACUGAGCUCAAUGCAGUAGAGUCCAAGGCCAAGUGUCAAUCGGAUUAUCCAAACAGCCGUCUCCUGUUGGUCGACUCGGACAAUGCCUACAACUUUGCUGUACAUAUAGUAGUAACAAACAGCAUCGAAUCGAUAUAUCUACAGGGAAUAAGGUCGGGAACAGAGUUUGUCGAUGACCAUGGCAAAGUUAUAACGUACUUCAGGUGGAAUGACGGGGAACCUGGAAGUGGAGAGCACCUCCAAACAGAAAGGGACUCGCGUUUACAAGAAGCUUCAUCGGGAGGGACGCCACAUCCCGUUCUUUGUCGUUUUUAUGGUUAAAAUCAUAGACGUUGUCAGUCUAGCAAAUGUUUUAGUAUUCCAAAUACUAAUAAAAGUUAAAAAGUUACAAUAUU